GUAGGCGCUUCAAAGCGCGACGUCCAGACCACUAGAUUGUGGUGGGGCCAAUGCAUAAAUUGCGACGAAGCUUACGAAUUUUGGGAUCUCUUUGGAUUAACCGGCGACAAGACUUCUGGUGUGAAUCCCCAUGCCUCCAUGCUGAACACAUUGAUCAACCAGGGUCGGACUAAGCGCGCCACACGCACAUCCACCAACUACGGCGAAGGUGUUCGAGCAAAGCCAAUUUCUCUAAGUGUCUUGGGAAAUGGGCAUCCCAAGAGGGUGGUGGCUAUGGAACGUGGGCUCAUCGGAAAUCACACAGUGGCGUGCAAAGAGAGGUUCUUGCUGGUUACAGACCACUCUGUUGCACGCCAUGACAAAUUGCCUCCUCACAUUACGUCCAGCAGCGGAAGUCGGUACACUUGGCUUCCGCUCACUCCCUUGCAGGCCAAGGUGUUUCAGUGGCAAGACUUGCUGAACAACCCGGCAUACUUCAAGCAAGCCGGUAGCCUCCAGGUGACUGAGGAUGAUGAUGUGGAAGACAUUGACCAGCCGGGUCUUGAAACAGAGGGCCCGCCACAUGGUUUUCCGGUGGUUUUGCCAGAUGGGGUGCCAUCCCGUGUGCGCUAUGUGCGUCAACCAGGAGAGACGCAGGCUCUGGUCACAGAAUUUCGUAUCUCCAGCAGAUGGACUCUGGCAGAUCCUACUGAUCACAUCAGGGAAGGCAAUCAAGUGGCGCAAUCUGUGAGGGCCCAGCAAGCUGCGACAGGUGACGAUGAAGCGAUGCAUGCAAAUGCCGCCGGACUCCAGGGGCAACUUGCUGCAGCCAUUUCCGUCCUCGACCUGGCUGGGGGCGGUGGACACUUCGAUGCCAACGGAGCCUUGAUUAUCAAAGCCGAGCAUGUGCAGGUUGCCUGCCGGCUGGUUGAGAUUGCCUUGCAGAUUCGACAUAUUUUUCGCCUCCCCCUGGAUGAUGACCUCUCCGAUCAAGAGAAUGUGGAGCGCCCUGAGAUACCUGUGCACGGAAACUAUGACCGCAAGUUUGGUGAGGCGCUGGCAACCCAAGGAUUGCCUGCGCUGCCGCCCGAGGAAGAAGAGGCAGUUGCAGAGGCAGAGGCAGAGGAAGAAGCGUUGCUCCCUCCCGAGGACUCUGCAGACCACCAUGAGGCUAGCGAGGAGCCUUUGCCCACAAUUUUGUCCUGGAAGGACAUCCUUCCGGAAGAGCCUUUCUUCAAGAAAGGGCUGGCGGACAACGAUGAGAUGGUUUUUCCCUCCCCUCUGCAAGACCGUCAGCUUCUUCGAAAAAUUCUUCUUCACGGGGGCAGCGAGUUCAAGGUUUCGAAGCUAGUGGAUCUUUAUCAUGUGGUGCAGACUAUCGGAACGGGGAAGGACAAGAAGCGCAAGAAAGUCAGACCAACAAUUGCCAAGGCAAGUCUUGUCUUCGACAUCAGUUGUGGCCCAAACUAA